AUGCGACCUUGUAUACUUCUUUGUAUGAGGAACCGCAAUCUGACACGGUAUACUUCAAACCGCUUGGUCACAGUGGACGUCAUCGCCCAGCACGUCCAAUCAACUUUCCAACAUUUUAUCUGUGUGUGUGUUUUUUUUCUCUCCCCGUCCGUCUGUUUUGUCUUUCUGUCUAUACCUCUGUCGCUGUUUCUCUGUGUGUCUUUCUAUCCGGGCGCAUUUGCCUCUCUCUAUCUGUUUCUUAGUCAUUUUCUCUCUGCCUUUCAGACUAUGUUCGAAUCUCUUUCUAUCUGUAUCACUUUCUGUCUGUGUCUGUAUCUUUUGUCUCUCUGUCUCUCUUUCUGUUUUUGUCUCUCUUUCUGUCUGUUUCCGUCUCUCACUCUGUCUGUCUGUUUUUCUGUCUCUCUCUGUAUGUCUUUCUCUAUAUAUCUGUCGGUGUCUCUCUCUCUCUCUUUCUGUCAGUGUCUGCACCUCUUUCUUUCUGUGUCUCUCUCUCUCAAUAUAUAUCUGCAUAUCUUUCUUUUUACGUCUCUUUUCCCUCUGCGUUUGUCUGUGUCUGUCUGUCUGUCUCUUCCUCUCUUUCUGUCAGUGUCUGCAUCUCUUUCUAUCUGUGUCUGUACCGAUUUCCACAGUUUCUCUCUCUCUCUUUCUCUUUCUCUGUCUCUCUCUCUCUCUCUCUCUCUCUCUCUCUCUCUAUCCGACUCUCCAACAUUUUAUUGUACUUAUUUGAAAAGACACAUCGUUUCCUAUUGA